AUGAUGGUCCCAAGAGCAUUUCUAUUCAGCUCGGCGCCGCCGAAACCACUUCAGUCUCAUGGGACGGAGCCAUUCACCCCAGCGGAUCGUUCUGGUCUUCGUCCCCCCACUCCCGCUGAGACCUGCGGAUCAAUGAACACUAUCCCAGUGGUAAUUCCUCCAAAGCGUGGAUCGCGGACUCUGUCAGCACGUCGAGAUACUCGUCCACGUACCUUAUCCAAAACCUCGGAAUCCUCUCGCCGGUCCUCUAGCUCGUCCAAUGACCGCCCUGUUCCUACGUCAUUCACCUCGAUGUUAGAUGCAACGGCCAUUCCCGUCCCGCGACGAAACUGGACCACUCGCAGACCUCGGAAAUUACCUCGCGGAAAUCAUGAAGAGGACUUUAGGCGCAUGUUGCAGGAAGACAUCAAGUCGAAAGAAGAUAGUUUCCUGGAUGGGACCGCCUACUCGCCUCUCGACAUCCUUCUCAGCCCGCCCGAUAACGAUAACGAUAACGAGAAACACCUGCCUUGCAAUGAUUCCGAGCACGAAUCACCACUUUCAGUGAGGUCAACAUCAAGUGAUUCGACACCGUCAUUAGAUCAUAACCUGGCAUCACCCUCCAGUCUUCUCUCGCCGCCAAGCCCUUCUAGCCAUCGAAGUCCAACGGAGAGACGACAGCCUCGGUAUUCGAAUUGCGAGGAGUGUGCUUUGGACCAUCCUCUGCUUGUAACCGAACUCGAUGAAUGUGAAUUCAUCGAAAUCAAGAACGACAAUGAGCCCACCACACCCGACACAGUACCCGCAAAGCGAGCUGCAUCAUUCGGGCGCCUCGGAUCUACUUUCAAGUCGAACCUCACAGCAUCGUUACGGGCCAUCAAAUCCGCUGCCCAGUCAGUCUCGACCUUUGCCACACCUUCCGUUCAACCAGAGGAUUUCCUCACCCGGUCUCUCUUCACCAUCACACCAGAGAUGACCGAUGAUCGCCGUCCUUUGCCGAUGCAAGAAACACCUUCUCCAGCACUACGACGCUACUUGAAUCCAUCUCCCAUGAACCCAACGCCGAUGUCACCGGCAGAGAUGUAUGUCUAUCAUGAUCAUCCCCACGACAAGCCACAAACCUCCAAUACGUGCCCCGUUUCGAUCCAAAUGCAGACAUAUCGUCGAGCCGGCGGCCGUGGGAACCGGCGAAACCAUUUCCACAUCGCGAGCAAGGACCAGAAAUACAUCACCUUUGACCCGGAAGUCCCAUCCAUGUCACGCCAGCGUGAAAUUCGGGAGAACAGCGAUUUCUUGCGCGUGGUCGUUCUUGAAAUGAACAUGCGACGAAGUGGCAAACUCCGCGACGACGUCCCCGCCCGUGCGAGAAUCUGGCUGCCAGCGCGCAAGACCAAUUGCCACUUAUCGGGACAAUACGAUGAUCGAGAUGAUAACGCCGUUCCGUCCCGGUGGGUGGGCGCCUCAGCCCAGUGA